UGAGCUCCCAUUCAUUUCCUGAGAACUGCCCUGAGCAGCUGAGAGGAGCUGAGAGGGGAGGGAGUCACACACACAGACACACACAUAUACACACAAACAGAGAGACAGACAGAGAGGACUGUAUAAGGAAGACAGUUUCUGUCGCUCUUCAGCUCCUGGUCAGACGCCAUCAAUAACAGGAUGUUAAUGUUAGACGGAAUGCCUGCAGUCCGAGUCAAAGCAGAACCUCUGGAAUCUGAGAGAGGGUCACCCAAAGUGCACGGCUAUCCUGAUAUGGAGACUGUGCCGCUCCUGCUCAGCAAAGUGAAGGCAGAACCUCCAGAAGACCUGCUCUCAUCCGAGCAGUUCCAAACCCAGACAGAGCCUGUAGACCUGUCCAUCAACAAGACAAGGACAUCAUCACCUUCCUCCAACACCUCAGCCUUCUCUCCAUCUUCAUCAUCGUCAUCCUCACCUUCUGUCAUCACCUCAGUCUCCUCGGGAAUGCCGUCCGUUUUGACACCCGGGUCCUUGGUGGGCUCUCCUCAUGGAGUUAGAGGCCAGCAAUUUUUGCACAUCAUCCACCCCGUCCGCCCUUCCAGCCCCAGUAAACUUCCCAGUCAGGUGCACCGUAUCCCUGUGGUGGUGCAGUCGCUGCCCCUCAUGUACACCACAGCCGUUCACUCCCCGGCAACCCUCAACUCCACAAUCAUGUUACCUCUCCUGGACGAGGCCAAGUACCAGGGCAAAGCACAAACAGACCCCAAUGGCCUGUCGCCAAGACAAAUCAAAAGUGACAGUGAUGAUGACGACCUGCCAAAUGUGACCUUGGACAGUGUUAAUGAAACAGGAUCGGCGGCGCUGUCUAUAGCACGAGCAGUCCAGGAUUCCAUGUCACCAUUCAGUAUUGAGAGCAUUCGACGGCCACAGCCUUCUGAAUCUCCAGACUCCAAGAAAAGACGCAUCCACAGGUGUGAUUUUGCAGGGUGUAAUAAAGUUUAUACCAAGAGCUCCCAUUUAAAGGCACACCGGAGGACACACACAGGUGAGAAGCCAUACAAGUGCACCUGGGACGGCUGCACAUGGAAGUUCGCCCGCUCAGACGAGUUGACACGGCAUUACCGUAAACACACUGGGGUCAAACCCUUUAAGUGCGGGGACUGCGACCGAAGCUUUUCCCGCUCAGACCAUCUGGCCCUGCACCGUCGCAGACACAUGCUGGUUUGAAGCCACCCACUCACUCACUCGCACACACGGGAGAGCUGGAUCUCCCCCAAAAGUGUUCAGCUGGGCUGGACACAGAAAUGGCCAUCCCUGCCCCUGAGAGUGAGGAUAAAAGAGCAAGCCAAGGAGGAGUAAGAUGCUUUCCCCACAUUUGCAGAGCUAAACGGGGUCAAUUCAGGAAAGGGAGGUGUCCUGAAACAUUUGGAGUCCAGUACGUUGAUUGUCUCAUGUCUGGUCAAAGGAUUAUUUCACUCGGACAAACGGUUUGUUUUUUGAUUUUUCCUUUCUUAAUCAUCCGUGUGGUCUGUUUAAAGAUGGCUGCUUCUCACUCAACAUCUACAAUGUAAAAAAAAAACGCAGAGUGGAAUGGCUUUAUGUGUUGUUCUGACAGAUGCAAAAGGGGAGCGUGACUGUGAAUUGGUGUGCUUGCACAAUUUUUUACAUUUACCUUUUUGCGGAACAAGAGCCAGAAGUAUCUGAGAAAGGAUUAUGAGGAUCUUCUAAUGAUGAAGACUUUGGGCCAGUGAUUCCAGAGGUUUCCAAGGUUGCCAUUUACAUGUUAACACACCAGCGAUUGAGUUUACACAACAAAAUGUUCAUUUUGGGUCAUAAUAUCUUCUGUUCCUCGAAACUAAAUUGAUUUGAAUUAGAUUAACAGACAAAGUAUAGGUGGGCUUCUGCUGUCUACUCUCCACAUUUGUCUUAAUUUCAUCUCAUUGAGUCACUAAUUAGGACAAUAUGUGUAAAUCUGGAUAAUGAGGGUCUACUCAGACAGGUAACUCGAGACAAAAGAGCAAUAUACUUAUUCUGACCCCCACAGGGGUGAGCUGACAGGGUCCUCACCCAUAUACAUGGUCAAAACUUUGGCUUUCUGCCAGUGCGCUUGGUUUUCUAUCAUUCAGAUACCUCUCCUAUUUAUAGUGGAUUUCUGGCAGAGGUGUGGUCUUUCACAACUUUCUAGGAUAUUAUGCUGAGGAAAUUUCUUGAAUGUCCUCUGUUUUCUUCUCCUUUUGUGAGAUUGCUCUUGAGCCUGAUGUCAGUUAUGGUCAGUAUACAGCACUGUUCAAUGGUUUGUUCUUCACUUUUGUAUUUAUGAAGCUACUUUGCAAACAUCACUGUAUCCAUUUGCUUAUUAUUUUGAUAACACUUCAGUUAAUUAAUGCAUUUGGUACCAUUGAACUAACAAUGUACAUUGCCAUUUAGACGUUUGGGGUCAGUAAGGAUUUUAAUGUUUUUGAAAAGUCUUUUAUGUUCACCAGGGCUGCAUUUAUUAGAUCAAAAUUAUGAAUCAAUAUUACAAUUCAAAAUGUGUUUUAUAAUUUAAAUAAUAUUUACAUAUAAUAUACAUAUAUAUUAAUAUAAAAUGGCAUUUAUUCUUAUUCCAGUCUACAGAGUCACAUGAUCCUUUAGUGCUCAAGAAACAUUUUCUAUUAAGUUGUGCUUAAUAUUAUAUUAUAUUAUAUUUGUGGAAAUCAUGAUACAGUUUGUUUCAGGAUUCUUCAGUGAUUAGAAAGUGAUUGAUUUGAAAUAGAAAUCUUUUGUAACAUUAUAAAUAACUGUCAAAUUUGAUCAGUUUAUUGGCUCCUUUCUGAAAAAAAAAGUUUAUUAUUAAAUAUAUUAUUAAGAGAAAGAAAAAAAAUAUGACCCCAAACUUUAUAAUGUACAAGCAUUUUUAAUCUAAGUAAAUGGUAAAUUAUAAAUAUAGUAUAGUUUUAUUCAUGAUAAAGUUAACCCUUAAUGUUAGUUAACCCUUGACAUGUUUAAAUGUACAGUAUGCUGUUGGUGUACAGUAUAGUAAUUAACAGUAACCCGGGUAAAUUAGUGCUGUUAAAGUAUUGUUCACGGUUAGGUCAUGAUACCUAAUGCAUUAAUAAUGUUAAUGAAUCCAACUUUAUCUUGAAGUGUUACCAAAGUACCAAUAAAAAAAAAAAAUCCACCCACAUAUAUCUUAGCAUCAUCCUAGCGUCCCAGCAAUUGAACAAUUUCCAAAGUCACCAGUAGAGGGCAGCCAGUGAGCUGGAUUACAAAGGGAUCACUGAUACGCUCUCUUAGUGCUUCUCUAUCUAUCUAUCUAUCUAUCUAUCUAUCUAUCUAUCUAUCUAUCUAUCUAUCUAUCUAUCUAUCUAUCUAUCUAUCUAUCUAUCUAUCUAUCUAUCUAUCUAUCUAUCUAUCUAUUUCUGUCUGUCUGUUUGUUGUUAUAGCAUUCUACGAGGGAUUUCUUAACUUAAACCUAGACACACUACACUAAGAAAAAGCAAUAUGCCGUACUUGUGUGAAUACACCUAAUUCAUUUCCAUACUAUACCCAGAUAAAUUCACUGUUCUGCAUGUUCCACGCUGUGCCGUUCACAUUAAGAUGUGAUGUGAGGUUUUUACUAAGAUGUCGAAGUUCAGUUUGUUUUUGUUUUUUGUUUUUUACAGUUUUUCUCAGUCGCUUUGGUGCAUUUCUCAAAUCAUCCUCAAUAUUUUCAAAAAAGUAUGUGCAUUUCUCAAAACAAUUCGUACAAACAGCACCACACAAUGGAUUACCUGCAAAAACCUGUAACUUAGACAGUACUGGACAGUAGAUAUUUAUUUCAAAAGUACAAAUUUACACGUUAUGUUGGAUGUUGAUUGAAGGAGACUGGAUAGAAUUCCCACUUACACUUUUACUAGUGGUCUGACAAAAAAAAAAAAAAAAAAAACACAUUACAAUGUCAUUGUAAUAUAGAAAAGGAAAAAGAAAUAUGGCAACGAAGAUGAAAAUAAGAAAGUCCAUUGUCAGAAUCUGUAACUUUUGUGUUGCUGCUGUCUACAUGCUUCCCAACUGAAGAUUCACGAGAUGAACCUUUGAGCUAUUUCAGAGAAAUGGUAUAUCAUUGGUUGAUCAAGUAGUUAGAAUUUCAUUUCUGAUUUGAGAAAGCGACUGAGAAAAACUGUAAAGGAGCGCUGUCAAAGUCUUCUGUCCCUGUGAUCCACAUGCACUUUCAAGUGGCCACAGAAAGCCUUGUGACCGCUUUUCAGAUGAUUAGAUAUACUAGAACUUGCAUUGACUUUACGGUCUGCCUGUGCUUGCAGGGGUGUUCAAACAUGCUGACUAAAUCUACAAUCAGUCACAGUGGCUGGGGCAUGUAGGGACUUUUUGUCACCAGCAAAAGGAAACAAACGUCAAAUGCUGUGAAAGGAAACGUAUCAGUAGAAACAUUCAUUACUUAGUAACCGUUUGUCCAUUAGAGAUAACCAAUCUAUUUCUAACAUUGUUUGUGUGUUUGUUUAUUCUGAAGUAUUAUGAUGCACCAUGUUUUAUGUUCCUCACUAUGUAUUUAUGGACACACGUGUGUAUCCUGUUGUAUAUGGGCUUGAACAUAACAUGAGCACCUUGUUUUUAUGAAGUAUGGAAGUAAUUAUUUUAAGAUAGACAUGACAUUAAUCGCCGAUGUAUCAUAUAAUCAUAUUCUGUAUUUUGAAGCGUGUCUGUAAUGUGAGGCACUUCAUCUGCAUAUGACUAUUUUCUGUACAAAAAAAAAAAAAAUACUUUUAAGAUGUUGUAAUAUAUGUGAAAGUGAAAAGAUAUUGCUCCGUUUUACAGGCUGUAAAUACCUAUUAAAACAGGGCUUUUUUUAAUACAAGGGAUUAUUAUCUUUAUACGUAAUUUGCAGAUUUUUCAGAGACAUUCAUUCAGCUAAAAUAAAAGAAAAAAUAUUCAACCGUUCAAUGUUUGAGAGAAAAAAGGCUUGUCAUCUUAAAGGGAUAUUUCAGCCAAAAAACAAAAACAAAAUCUGUCAGCGUUUAUUCACCCUCAUGUCACUCCAAACCAAUACGACUUUUUUUUCUUUUUCUGAGAAACACAAAACAAGUGCUGUUGUGUUCUACAAAAGAAAGAAAUUCAGGUUUGGAACUAAAUGGCGACAGAAUUUUCAAUUUUGGGCUGAACUGUCCCUGUGAAUGCACAUGCAGGGCUGGUUUAAGUGAAACCGAUAGCAGUUGCAUGCAGUUUUUAUGAGCAAUUAAAUCAAAUGUUCAGCUCAUUACAGUAUUCAGGCGCUGCCGCCUCAUUUUUAGCAAUUUUAAUGUUUUUAUACUGACUCUAAAAAUGUGAAUAAAGCAAAAACAUCCCAAAUGAAAUGAGCAUUUCCAAAACAGUAUUCAAGAGUCAUGAUGAGCAACCGGUAAGAUACCAGUAAGAUUUAAUUUCUUUUACUCAAUUCUGCAUUACUUUCCCUCCCCUUUGGCAUUCUUAUGUUUUUUGUGGCAUAAUUUUGUAAAGGUAAACAGGGUCAAAGUUAUGCAAUAAUGAUGAGUGCCUAUAGUAUUAAGAUUUUCACCGUUUCCCUGGUUUAAUAACCCAGACAUGACACAAAGAUCUGUUCCUUUGAAAUGCACUGAGCCUCAUGAACCAUUUCGAAGCUGUAAAUAUCCCGGUUGGUGUUUCUUGAGCAUUCUUUAUCUGUCUCCUAUGGAAGCCGCAUAAGAUUUAUAUGGUAUUACUCACCUAAGGACACAUUUGUUUAAUUAACAGGACUCUGGUUUACCUCUAACUUUAUAAAAUCGUGUGAACUUCUCAUGCAUCCCCAGUUAUGGAAAUCGCAGGAAAUAUUCUGAAUGUUAAGACACUGGUGGUACUGCAUAAUUCCUCCGUGAACAGCAUUUCGCCCUUGAGUCUCUGUAAAAUAUUGCCUUAGUUUAUGUAUUUACUUUACUUUCUUUGGAAUCAAGUAUUUACUCAAUGGCCUUUGUUUCUUGUUUUGCUGAUAUUCUGUAAUUAUCUUUCUUGUAUUUAUGUAUAGUGUGCGUAUUGUAAAUAUAUUCAGAGCUUUCCCCCCUUUUUUUGGUUUUACUGUAAAGUUGUGAUAUUUUACCCUGCUAUACUUCAAGGGAUUCCCUUCCCAUUGGAUCCUGCUGGAGGUUGUCACAUCCCAGUCGUUUCAGAGGUUGAAAGUGUUUCAGCUUUAUUUUGCUUCUCCAGAAGUUGUCUAAAUAUUCUGUGCUUUGGCUAUUCUCUGUAUUUUCUUUCUUUUUUUUCAGAAGAUUGAGCUGUGAAUUGAAAUUGAGGUUACACAUUAUACUUGUUUGAUAAUCUAAUCGGAGGCAUGGAAGUUAAUAAACUUGCAUUUUGUAUGGAACAUAAA